GCAAAAUCGACGUCUGGGAUUUCUUUUUGUUUUCUUUUCUGACAUAAGUUCCAAAAAUAAAAUCUGGUCAUUGCCUUAUGUUACUUAUUUCUUACCGCAACUUAUUUUGAAGUUGAUAUGACGUUCGUUACAAUUUAUUUCUAAGUCUGAAUGGCGUCGGCAAGAUCUUAAGUGCUUCAACGUAUGCGUUUAAAAUACUAAAUUUCAAUUAUAAUGGGGCAAAAACAGAGUCUUCUUCCCGAAGAAAAAAUAAGAGAGUAUGAGCUCCUCACAUAUCUCAAUGAAAAAGAAAUAAUUAAAGCUUAUGAAAGAUUUCGUAAAUUGGAGCCAGAUAUUGAUCCCAAAUCCUUUAAUCCUGCAUUAUCAUUACUAAAGCUUGAUGAAUUGCCAGAACUACAGGUAAAUCCUUUUAAAGAUAGGUUAAUAUAUUUAUUCACCGAUCCAACAUCUAGAUGCAUGAGUUUUGAAGAUUAUCUAGAUAUGAUGUCUGUGUUUAGCGAGAGAGCUCCUAUUUCAUUAAAAGCUGAAUAUGCAUUCAAAAUAUAUGACUUUGAUGAUGAUGAUCUUUUGUCCAGAAAUGAUCUAAAAGAAAUAUUGUCUCGGUUUCAAGUAUCUGAAUUUAGCGGUCUGGAGCAGAGUGAUUGGGAGGAGAUUCUCAAUUUUGCUAUGGAAGAUGCUGAUAUUGAUGAAGAUGGAUAUAUAGCUUUUACUGAAUUUUCCCACCUUCUACAACGACUGGUUGAUUUUCCAAGCACUUUUGUUAUUCGGUUGUAAAGUUUUCAUGGAUGUUAACAAGACUGCCUCUGCAAUCUAUUUUUGGAUUGAAGUGCCUUCUGAUGCCAAGAGAAUGAAAUAGUCUUUGCUAAAAAAAUUUUUAAAUUUGUUAUCAAUAUUACUUUUUAAGAAUUUUUAUAUAUUACUAUUUCUUUGUUGUAAGGAAAAAGAAUUGGUACUUAAAUACAAAUGUAAACUUUUUUAGGAAAUAUUUAUGAAGAAAGUAUAAAUGUUAUAAUUUUUCAUGAUUACAUUGAAUUAACUAGAACCUUAUUACCUCAGAAUAUUACCUAAAGCCUUUUUUUGGCUUUUAACACUUUUCAGUAUUUUCUUUUUAAAAGUAGUGAAUAUCAAUUUUAUAUUCUUAGCUUAUUUAUACUACAGUGGCAAGUCCCAUACCCAGAAUCAUUGGGAGUUUAGCUUGUCGGAAAAAUAGAAUUUUCCGGCGAGAUCCUCAAGCAAAGAUCUAAACAUGCAUGUUACGAAAAAAUAUUGUUAUUGUUUAAAUUAUAUUUAUACAACCAUUUAAUCAAACGAAGAAUAUUGCUUAAGAUAAAAUAAAUGCAGUUAAGUGUAAAUGGAAAUUUACAGAUGAUUAGAAAUUAUUAAGCAUUAGAAAACAGUCCUAGUCAGCAUAAAAUUUAGAAAUUAAAGUCUCCAAUAUCUAAUUUUUGAAUAAGUUCAACUUUUUUUUAUAGAUAAAAUUGUAUUUUUUGUUUGUUUGCCAUGAAUAAGUGUGCUUUGAUGACAUAAAAAAUGCAAGGAAAAGAUAAUGGCGUUAUUCAAUUAAAAAUGUAAAAAAAGAGAAAAUAUUCAAAAUUUAAAAUAAUAUGAAGCAUUGAAUAUCUUGGUGAAAUUUGAUGUAACAUUUCACUUCUUCAGCGUAAUUCUUGAUUUGCUUAAAUGAAUUUUGCUGAAACUUGUUUAAUACUUUUUCUAUUAAACUUCAUAAUUUGAUAAAGGAAGAAAGAAUUCCCUUUAUUGCUUAUUUUAUCAUCAAUAAUCAAAGAAAGAAAAAUAUUUCCCGAGGCUAUGUUUCCCUUUAAACUUUUUCAGGUUUUUCAUUUUCUCCCUCAUUCCUUUAAAAAAAUGGUUUCUUUAUUUUACUUGGUGCCCUUUCUUCAAUCAAAGAAGAAAAAAAUACUGAGAAAUCAGAAAAAAAAUAUACUGAGAGAAAAGCAUGUUUUUCUUGCCAUGUGCUAUAAUUGUUCAGAUGUUACUAGAGGACAAGGGGCUCAAUCCUGAUUUUUUAUUGCACUUUUUUCAGUGUUAAAGGUAAAGAAAGAAAAGAAACAGUUUGCCUUUCACAUGAAAUUUCUUACUGAUGUAUGACUGUGAGAAUCUCACUAUAUAUAUAUAUAUAUAUAUAUUCAUUCAAAGUAUUCUAUAACAGAUUGUAUACAAAAAAAGGAUUUUUGUAGAUAAGGGUAAACAUAUAUAUUUUAAUUGUUAAAAAGUGUCUGGGAAAUUAUAGAUGGGCUAUUAUAAUAGACUAUUCUGGAAAAUGGAUAUUUGACUGUGGGAUUUUGUAAAUGCAUUUUUUUAACUGGUACAUUACUUGGGAAAAUAGUUUUUGAACCUCAUUUAUAUCUAUUAUUUAUACUUACAUUUUUUACCUGUUUUACUUUUUUAUUCAUUAAACUUGGAUAUUGCAACUAGUUCUUCUUUUAAAGAUAAGCAUUAUAGUUGUAGUAAUUUGAAAAUAUUUGUCAUUUUCUUGAUAAAAUAUGAUGAAAAUUUUUUUGUGAUACAAUUUAGAAUUAUUGUUUCAGUCAGUCCAGUUUCACCAUAUUGUUAAUUUAAGUAAGAAAGCUUUACACCUAUAAAUCUGUUAUUUAGUUUUUCUAUUUAAUUUUAUUGUCUAAUUUUUUUUUUUUAAAUGUUGAAGACGCAAUUUUGAGUCUAGAUUUGUUUAAGUAAUAUAAUCUAAUGGCUGUGUUUUAAAGUGACUGCUUGCCAGUGAAAGUGUUAUACAAGUUUUCUCAUUUACUUCAGCAAUUAAAAAGUUUGCAUUAGUUAACUUUUUAGUUAGUUGUUGAAAACAUAAAAGCAUUGGUGCUAACUUUGAUGUUUUUUGCUGUUGUUAUUUCUCAGUUGUUGUGAAAUAAUGAUUAUAGUGAGUGAAGCUAUUUUUAAUUUUACCACUUCUGAAAACAUUAAUGCUUGACUAUCAGUUUUUAAUGUGUGUUUGAGCUGUUUAGCUAAAGUGAUCAAUGGGAUUUUAAAUCAAAAUUUUAAAUUAUUAUUAAAAACAAAAGUAUAAAUUAGUCUUCCAUAUAUUUUUUAUACUGUGCGAUUUUUUGCAGGAUUUAUGAUUGAAUUGUUUUUUCUUUUAAAAUUUUGUUACUUAAUAUGAUGUAAUCCUUAAUACUUUUUCAUUGUUUUGGGCUUAUAGCAAAUGUGGUUUUACAUUUUUAUUCAUCAAAUUCAAGUCUUUUCUCAUUAGGCUAUACCCAUAAAUCAAUUUUCAACUGUUUUCAAUAUAUUUUUCUCAUAAAUGCUUUGAUGAUUAGUUGAUUUGAUGACUAAAAUAAUUUACAUAUUUAAUAACAAGCUUAAUAAAUUAAAAUUAAAAUUUAUUGUUUUAUAUGGUGCUUUACGCAUAGUUAUAAUUGUCCAUCUAAAGACACUGAAAGACGGAAGAUUCAUUCCUUUUUUAAAUAAUGCCUUUUGAUGAAAGUUAUAGAGUUUGUUAUACUACACAAAAAUUAAACGUUAAAUGUUUUACAGUGUUAAUAAAUUAGUAGAACACAUUAAAUUUUGUUAUUUUAACAUGAAGAUUUAAAGUCAUAUAAAAUUUUACAAUUACAAUGUAUCUACUGUAUGUAUGUAUGUGAAUACUGUACUCUCUUUGAAGUACCUAUGUUGGGAAAAAAUGCUGAGUGUCAAUAAAAGACGUAUUGGAAAAGAUGUAAAUUGUAAUUUAAAAUAAUUCAGUCAAAACAUUAGUUAACUAAAGUAUUUUGAUGAAAGAGGUUCUGAUAAAUGAAAUUUUUCUGUAUAUCUGUGUUUAAUGAUGAGCAAUUUUAACUAUUAACAGAAUGAUUGAAUCUGACUUCUUUUAUAUUUAUAUAUAUAUAUAUUUAAAAUCAGUGAACAUUUAAUAUCAUAUUUUAUAAGAUAUUAAUCAAUUUCUAAUUGUUCUUUGUACCUUAAUCAACAGCGUGUGUUUAUUUUUACAAGGCAUAGGUUUUAAAGAUUGUAUAACUCACAUUUUAGUAUUUUUAAAAUCAUGCUUCUCUUUUGUGUUAUAUACUUACAUAAGAAAGUCAAAUAUACAAACUUCUUGUGGUUUUUAAUACUUCAAAUAGUUGUACUUGUGUGUGAUUUAUUAAACUUUUUUAUGAUUA